UGUCCGCUAGCAGACAGCUACCUGGCUCUCAGGCUCGGCAGGAUUCAUUAACGGGGCGCCCCGCCUACAACGCGUCCCUUUAAGUGGGUCUUUUCUCAUUCUGGACCGCCCCACCCACCAAUUUGGUUGGCACCCAUGCUGGAAGCACGUCAUCCAACUGCGCCAUCCGGAAGCCGUGGUUCAUAUUAACAGUUAUUUCAGGUGGCCCUAAGGCGACAUCAUGGCGACACCCCCCAAACGGCGGGCCUUGGAUACUGUAGGAGAGAAAGUGUUGCGGUACGAGGCCUUUAUCAGUGACGUACUGCAGCGAGAUUUGCAAAAGGUGCUGGAUCAUCGAGACAAGGUAUAUGAGCAACUGUCUGUAUACCUUCAACUGAGAAAUGUCAUUGAGCGACUCCAGGAAACUAAUCAUUCGGAGUUAUAUAUGCAGGUGGAUUUGGGCUGUAACUUCUUCGUUGACACAGUGGUCCCAGAUACUUCACGCAUCUAUGUGGCCCUGGGAUAUGGUUUUUUCCUGGAGUUGACACUGGCUGAAGCUCUCAAGUUCAUUGACCGAAAGAGUUCUCUCCUCACAGAGCUCAGCGACAGCCUCACCAAGGACUCCAUGAAUAUCAAGGCCCAUAUCCACAUGAUGCUAGAGGGACUUAGAGAACUACAAGGCCUGCAGAAUUUCCCAGAGCCAUCUCCCCAUUGACUGCUUCUUCCCAUCUAAUAUUAAAGAGCUGAAUGCCUUGGAA